AUGGAGUUACAUAAAUCAGCAUCGAUGGGCGAAAUUCCUUCCCCCCUCAGUAUCACAUCCCAGCUUGAUGAAGAAGAGAAAAACUCUAGCCUUUCCUCCAACAACUCUAUCGAUUGUGAUAUUUUCCAAUCCGAAAGUUAUUUGUUCAUGUGUAAACGUUCUAGAUUUAGUAGCCAAAGAUCUAAUGCUAGGCAACUAAUCCAAGCUAGUGAAUCUGACAGAAUGAAAAAAUUCAAUAUCUUUGUCCAGACAGUCAACAGCAUUCCUCAACCUCAUCAUAAAGCAGAUAUGGUCUGCUAUGUAUGCGAUGACGUAAGGAUUCACCAGGAAGAGGUGACUACGAAAGUACCCUUGAUCAAAAAUACCGAGCUAACUCACUGUUACUGA